CUCAUGGUCAAAUGUCCUGUGCUUGUUUGACCCAUUCACUCCCCAACUUUCAUCCUACGUGGCGCUCUAUUCUUCUCCUCCUUUGCUUCUUUGCCCUUGUUAUAAUUACAAUGACCAUAUUUGAACAUGUUUGUAAUGUCAUAUGAACAUGGAAUGCGUCUUUGUUUUAAGGACCGUAUAGAAAGGCCGUCCACAAUAAGCUCUGCAGUCUCGUGAGGGAGGCUCUUGGACUCUGUUUUUCUCUGAGGUUCAGUGUAGUGCCAAAUGACAUCACCAACAUGAACAUCUGUUGUUUACGCUGAACUGAAUUUCUUACAUGUGCACUCACCACGUUCUCGAUCACUUUUCUUUGGAAGAAGCGAAAGUAGCACAUCCUGCAGAUCUCUUCUCGAUGAAGAUGUUCCUCAUGUUCUGCGUCCUCUGCCUGAUGUCUUCUACUGGCCACAGUCAGCUUCCAGGACCUCCUGGUCCUAAAGGUGACCCAGGACUUGAUGGGCCACGUGGGAUACCUGGGACACCUGGGCCACCUGGGCCACUUGGGCCACGUGGGCUACCUGGGCCACCUGGUUUUCCUGGAGCAAAAGGAGAGAUGGGAAAUCCUGGACCUGCUGUACCUUGUGAGCAAGGUGUCUCUGGUCAGGAACUUGAAACCUUAAAGAACAGCCUCGCUAAGUUAGAGCUGGUCGUGAACUAUGACUUUGUCCGAAGAGUUGGUCAGAAAUACUUUGUGUCCUACAAGAAGAGAGACUCUUUCUCCAGGGCCGUCGAGUUCUGCUCCCAACGAGGCUUAGAGCUGGCUUUGCCCCAGAACGAGGAGGAGAACAACAUGCUCACUGAAUUCUUUGGUGACGUUUACAAAACAGCCUGGAUCAACGUCAACACUAACAAAGUUCAGGGGAAUUUCGAAACUGAUGGGAAAAUGCGACCUCUGACCUUUACAAAAUGGGGGGAAGGGCAGCCAGACAAAUCCAUCCAGGAUACAGGCUGCACCAUGCUGUCAGAAAACGCCUUCUGGAGAGUGACACACGAAUGUUUCCUGAAUGCUUACAUCGUUUGUCAGAUGUAGAAAGUUGUUGCUUUGCAAGUCAUGUUUUAAAUGUUGCUUUAAACAAACGUUCAGUCUCUUAUAACAUCCAGUAAAUCAAAAAUAAUGACCCCAGUUUAUCUUUUUUUUGAUGGAGAUAUCAUGGAAACUUCUUCAAGGUCCGGGUUUAGGAAUAACUCAAUGUAAUAGUUUCCCACCAACAUUCUUGUGAUAUGUAUCUUAAUCCCUCUUUAAAAAACAUCUUAAUUGCAUCAGCAAUGUUGCAUUAUUACUCUUGUGCAAACAUAUUCUUCUUCUAAAAAGAAAUUUAGCAACUGAAUACACUAAUACUUUUCAUGGCUAUGUAAAGAGUGUAAGAACUUUUCAAAUGCGGUGUGUUAAAACAAGCAUGUAUGACGCAAUAAAGCAUAGCAAAGCAGUG